AUGGACUCCCUAUCCACAAGCGAGGUGAUGAACGGCCUGCCCCUUGGCACAACUACUUCGUUGACAGACACUGUUGCGCCGGUUGAGGAGCUCAAGGAAUUUACUAUCUUCCCUAAGUUGAUAGUUGAACUUCAACUCGAUAUAUGGACCAGGGUAUUAGAAAUAGGACGAGUUAUCACGAUUGACGACAAGUUGAGACCGAAGGACCGGCUUGUUGAACUCUUUGUUGCCGAAAGUGGAGCGCCUGCGACGACUGAGAAGAACAACCUCAAGCAGUCGAAGUUCAGGAAGUUGUUAUCGAAGGCCGGACGCAUUCUCAGAAUCAAUGGCAAAUCACUACCGGACAACAAGGUAUUCAUCAAGGAGAAUGGAGUGGUCUCGACUGGAAGAAGGCUCACCCAAGCGAACGAGAGAUACCUCACCCAAGCCCUCUUUGGUGUUUGCCAAUUAACUCGGGAACUUGCUUUGAAGACUCUCAAUGCCCACGUCGACGUCAUUGAGCCUAAUGGAACAACCAAUCGCAUUCGAUUCAACUCAAACGAUGUAGUUUACUUCAACAUCUUCAAGGCAGCAGCUCUUCCCCUAUUCCAUCCGUUUCUGACUUCAGGACAAUGUUCUAUGACCUUUAACCUCAGGCACCUUGCUGUUCACGAACGGAACCUCGAGACCCUUACCAUCGUAACGUCCAACACGAUGGAAGCUCGUCAUCUCACGGCCGAUACUAAACUGAUUGAAUGGCUUAGAGAAGACUUGUUCCAGCGAGGCAGACCCGGCAACCCUCCCGGAACAAUGUCUCACCCCCAAGCCAAUCAGAGAUGUCUCAUGGCGUGGUCCACGGUUCCGGUCUCCAUCAACGAGUUCCUCAAGCCUUUCAAGAAACAUUUGAAAAACAACCCAGGAUGGAAGGUCCCAAAGAUCAAGAUUAUGCACACCAUCUCUCCCAAGAAUUAUCCGUCCAGCUACAUGAUUCGAGGUUUCGAGGUCUACGACAUGGAGGCUAAACAGAAGGAUGACUUGGCAAUAUUUGCCAAAACCUCCAAUUUGAGCGAGAUUGUUGAGCUAGAAUCGGAUGGCCGCAGACCUUUCCUUGACGAAGAUCUUGCAUGUGACGCAUGUUGCCUCUACAGCCACUUCAUGCGUCCCAGUUGUUUUCCAUCCCCUCUCUCGCGAUCGGACAAUCCACUCUGUUAUCGCUGUCAACUCACGUCAACCCCCUGUACCCUCGAGCGUCGAAAGGCAAUGAGGAUCUUGGAGCUCAAGGCUAAGGAUCGCGAGGAGAAGCUGAAGUUGCUGAACGAGUCCGAGAGAGAGUCAUUCAAUUAUUGGGCAUUGAAGGAGGAAACAGCAAAUACAGAACGACAGGAGGAACGAGAGGAAAGCCUGGAAGCGCUGCUGGACGAAAUGGAGACACUUCAAACAGCCGCUAGAAAAAAGCAACACCAGUUGUUUGGUCAGGAAAUCACUGUUAACGGCUGGAUCUUUGAGGAUUCUACUGACGGUGAAGACGAUGAUUGA